AUUUUCUUAUCGCUUCACCAUAUUUUUUUAUCAACAAGAGAAGAAACAUAAAUUCCUCACUUUAACGCGUUUUUUUUGUCUGUUUCUACUCAGCUUCUUGAGCAGUGACGAUAAACUCGCAUCAUCUCAGAAAAUCCUUGGAUGUUUCUUCGUGUAAACUCUUCUCUUCUUUAGGUUUACUCUUCCGGUUUGUUAUCACAGUGUGUUGAAUGGAAAUGCAAGAGGAUAGCUUGUGGCGUCUGUAUCCUGUACAUGAUAUGGAUACAGUCGUAACCAAUAGAUUACUCUACUGUGAUCUUUAUUUGAGACAGUACAAGGAAACAUUGAAACAGACCAUGCUUGGCCAAGAAUCUGUCUUUGAAACUCAGAUCUACGAGCUUCAUCGUCUGUAUCAAAGGCAGAAGGAUCUGAUGUUGGAAAUGGAGGAAACCAACAACUUCUACACUCAACCUCAACAUUUAUUCCCAAAUGCCGGGGUCUCUAGUCCUAGAAAAAGCAUACACUGGAUGGGUUUAAGCAUCUCUACUGCCAAGAUUGAUGAAGCCGGAAUCUCUGGAGAUGAGAUUGAUAAGUCUGCAGAGAAGGUCUUGGAUCUUGAAAUACCGUCUUACGGUGAUAUAUGGGAAGAAGAAGGUUCAAAGAAUGGACAAGUCCUUGAAGUUCCCAACUUUCCUAAAGAUCAAUCUCCAAGAAGCAUGUCUCCCGAAUCAGUUGUCCAGCCGGAAAGUGUGCAGCAUUUACUUGGUUUGUCAAGUUUCAAAUGUAUACUCGACUUAAAUGAACCUGCCAGGAUCGAGGCACAUUCAGAUUAUGAGCUUAAUCAGUUCCUAACUCCAGCCCAAACAAAGAGUGAAAGAGCAGAACCAGAAGUGCAAGGGCCGCCGAUAUCUACAAAAUGUCAAGCUGAGAAUGGAAUUGACUUGAAUAUAGAAUCUGAGCAACCCCGAGAGUUUGAUUCAGCUUCAUUGCACGGAAAACGCGGAUCAGAACCAUCACGAUCGAUAGUUCUAGCGCUUCCAUGUUCGGAAACCAUUUCACUCUUCCACAAACAUUGCUCACGGCCUAGGAAGAAAGCUAAAUAUGGAGCAAAAUCCAUCAAUGUUAAAAAAAUUCCUCGCAGCAAAUCCCGGAAAGGCUCAAAUCUUGAAUCGAACGUUGGAGUUAGUAAAGAUGACAACCGUUCACUGAGUACUGCCUCGUACAUCCCUGAAUCUGACCAUAAUCUGGAGAAAGGGAGGUCAAGGUCUCUGCUUGAGAUUAAGAGAAGACGUUGUAAACCACACAUAGAAUCAGGCAAUGUUACGAGAAAGAUUUCAAGAACCAAAUCAAAGGCCAGAGGGAGCUUUCUUGUUACAGAGGAAGAGGAACAAGAAAAAUGUGUAGCAGCAGCAGAGGCUAUAGUUGAUAUGUCAUUAUCAGAUUCAGCUAGAAAGUCAAGCAUCAAAACCUCUGAUUGUAUCAAUCCUCUGCAUUGGUUUGCUAUAAUCGCAUCUUCGGUUGUUGAAGACUCAAAGAGUGAAGUUGGAUUAUCCGUGACCGGAUUUAAUUCUAGUUACGAAAUAGACUAUUUUGAGGCAAUGACAUUGCAGCUAACAGAGAUGAAGCCAGGGGAGCAAAGAACAAACACUUCAGUCUCUACUAUUGGCCAUCCUAAACACAAGAGGACCCUGCGCAGUCGAGGAAAGCGACAACAACACAACGAGUUUCUCCCGAGCCUAAGCACUUUUAUCGGAAACGAAAGGAAUGAUGCUCACUCAAGCUUGAUGGUAAAUAUGGUAAUCGAUUGGGGAACCGUAACAAAACGCAGAAGAGGCAUCAGAAGUCCUGCUGUGAAUACCAAAACUUCCAUACCUUUUCUGCUUUCAGAUUCUUGAAGAAUCAACGUCUCGUUACACU